AUGCUCUCCACUCGUCGUCUUCUCCCUUCAAUCACCAACUUCGCACAUCGCUCAUUAUCGACAACUUCUAUUCUAAAAUCAACGGAUAUUUCUGUGAAAGAAGAACGUCCGCACGUCUACAAUGUGAAGCUCAAUCGACCGGCAAAAUUGAACACUUUUACAAUGGAUAUGUGGAGAGAAUUCAAAAAAGCAAUCGACGGACUGGCGGAAGAUCCGAAAUGCCGAUCAAUCAUUAUCUCUGGAGAAGGAAAAGCGUUCUGCGCAGGAAUUGAUCUCGCCGCCGGCCUAUCGAACAUCAUUCAAGUCAUUCAAGACGAUUCCAUCGAAAUCGGACGGAAAGGACGGGCGGUUCGAAGAUUCAUCGGAGAGAUUCAAGACUGUUUCACGGCGUUGGAGAAAUGCCCAAAACCAAUUAUCGCAGCUGUUCAUUCACAUUGCUUGGGUGCUGGAAUCGACUUGAUCACUGCCUGUGAUAUUCGAAUCGCUUCUCAAGACGCCAAUUUCUCGAUUAGAGAAGUCGACAUUGGUCUCGCCGCUGACAUCGGAACCCUCAACAGAAUCCAAAAAGUCGUUGGAAACGACAGUUGGACCCGCGAAAUCGCUCUUACCGCUCGCGACUUCGGUGCGGAUGAAGCUCAUCGUUACGGUCUCAUCUCCAGAAUCUGUGAUGACCGACAGAGUCUUCUCGAGAACUCCAUCGAACUGGCGGCUCGUAUAGCUGAGAAGAGUCCGAUUGCUGUCCAAGGAACGAAGGAAACACUGAAUUACGCUCGAGAUCACUCCACCGAAGACUCGCUCAACUUCAUUAAAACAUGGAAUAUGAGUCAAUUGUUGUCGACGGAUUUGAUGAAUAGUGCAUUGGCGGCGAUGAAUAAACAGAAGGCUACUUAUGAGGAUGUUUAA